CUGACACACCAAUUGGCCAACCAAUUGACUGCACCGAUUGUGUCGAUAACUGACACUAAGUGGCCAACCAAUUGACUGCACCGAUUGUGUCAAUAACUGACACACAAAAUAGGUGGCCUUCAAUUGACUGCCCGAUUGUGUCGAUAUCUGACACACYAAGUGGCCAACCAAUUGACAGUACCGAUACCUGACACUAAGUGGCUAACCAAUUGACUGCACCGAUUGUGUCGAUAACUGACACACCAAGUGGCCAACCAAUUGACUGCGAGCCGAUUGUGCCGAUACCUGACACAUACACACCCACACACAAAAUAGUUGGCCAACCAAUUGACUGUACCGAUUGUGCCGAUACCUGACACACACACACAAAGUGGCCUACCAAUUGAUACAUCAUACCCCACAAAGUGACCCACCAAUCAAUUAUCAACCAAUUGUGCCCGACGACAGCCGAGCCGAUAGUGACCACCACACACAAAAAAAGUAGCCGCCAAUUGUGCCGUUAUAUACAACACAACAACAACCAGAAACAAGUGACCGCCAAAUUGUGCCGAUACUGACAAUCAAAUCGCCCGAUAGUUAUAGAUAUGAGAGACGAUAUGUACUUUGAGUUUGAGACCACCUCCUCAUCGCCGCCGUCGCCACCRCUAGUAGUAUGYGGUGGUGGCCUUAGUCGCCGUCAUCGGCGACUAUCGUCAUCMACWCAAUCMCUGCGGGAACUAAUCGAUUCGGAAAAUUGUAUCGAAAACAUUACGCCAUCGCAUUGCGACCUCUAUUUGAUUACCCGAAAAAAAUUAUCCCAAAUGACUGUCAAYGCAAUCAAACAGUCGCCGGAUUUGCGGCGCGAAGUACUGYUGACAUCAGUUCAUCGAAACAUUACGUCAAAACCGUCGUCGACAGCGCCGACGAUGACCACCAAUAGCUAUGACCAUCACAUGUCGUCCUCGUCGUCCUCCUCUUCAUCCUCAUUGACGUCGCAUAUAAUCGCCGAUCAUAGCCGCACAUCAUCAUCACCGCAGCCAUUGUCACCGAUUACCACACCCGCAGCUGCCGUUGUCGACACAUUAAUAGCCAGUGGCGGCGGCGGUGGCGGAUCUGCCGCCACCACCACCACCACCACCGAGUCCAUGGUCUGCCAUCAAAACAAUAACAUUAACAACAAAUCGGUGGACAACAACAACUACUACUAUCAUUCAUCAUCAUCCAUGUCAUCGUGUGGUCAACAAUCGGUGGCCAAUAAUUAUUGCGGCGGUAGUAGUAGUAGUAGUAGUACUAGUGGUGGUGACCAACCAUUCAAAUAUGGCUAUCAUCAYCACUACUCCCAGUCGACCAAUACGUCKACAUCGACGACAACAAUGGCCAACACCAGCAACAACUGUAUAACAUCUAUGAUAACCGUAUCGACAACAAYGACCACACCAUCGUCUCAGCUGAAGAAACGAAAUCURUCGCCCAAUUCAUCGUCAAUGAUGACCAACAAUGGUAUCGGCGGCGGUGGCAGUGGCGGCGGUUGUAAUGACCACUCUAACGACGAUAGCAGCGACUGGAAGUCAACGAUAAAGCGGCUAAAAGUUGUCCACGGAUUUGAAUCGGACGUAUCGAUGGACUCGUCCGACUACUGUCCRCUGUCGGUGACCGUCGGCGYUGGCGGYCUMGGAAUCGGUGGUCGUUAUUGUGAUCGCGAUCUUAACGACUUAGCCAACAAUCUUCACAGCCUUAAGACUCCGUUCACUUGAUUUGACUGUUUGUU